UCGUUAAAUAAGAUGAUUCCAUUAAUCACUUUCAAAUGAAUCUAGUCUUGCAGAACAUAUUGUAAUAUGAUGUACCUGUUUAAACGUUUGCACACAUAUUAGCAUUUCAAUGCGAUAACCUACUGGAUUGGAAGGAUAAUGAAAACACCAAUCAUGAGACUGUUCGUGCUGAUUAUUUUUAUGGUAUUACAAAUCAUUUAUGUCCAUGGAUCUCAUUUUCAAGGAGGAAUGGUAACAUGGAAGUACAGAGACAAUCAGGUAUACAUAACGUACAAAGUGUCAUUCAAUAAUCAUCACUGUGACAAAAUGUACAUAUUGAAUAGAAUUUUGGUAAACGGUGAAGGAUCGUUAAUGUGCUAUAGAGGAUGCAAUGACACUUUGACAAGAACUUUGGUAACUUCUUUGUCUUACUAUUGCACAGAGUUCAGUGAGGAUGACAACUGGACAUAUGGCCAAAGGACAUUGAAUGUUACGUUUCCAUCUACAUCAGAUAACAUAUACGUAUUUGGAUACAGAAGCGGUUCUUGGGCUACUCUUGUUGACGGUGGAGGCAGUUGGUCUUUAAUAGCAACAGCAAAUUUAAACAUUCGACAAGAUAUUGGACGAAUCAACUCCUCACCAAUAGCUGCAAUGCAACCAUUUGUUACAGUAAAUAAAAACUGUGCAAUGCCAUAUGCCUUGAGAAUUCCAGUUCAAGACGAAGAUAGCGAUGUUGUCAGAUGUCGGUGGGCUAACAAUUCUAUAACAGAUGAAUGUGGAGGCGUAUGCUACAUAUUGAGAAACUCCGUUUUGGAUCAGUCAAAUUGUAUUCUAUAUAUUAACGCAAUACCUUUGACUGGUCGUUAUGCUGUUGCUCUUCAAAUUGAGGACUUUGGUAAACAACAAGAUAAAAUCGCACUAAGCAGUAUACCGUUGCAAUUCACUAUAAAUGUUAUUGAUGGUACUAGUAUGUGUGAUAAAAAACCAAGAAUAGAAACACCACUGAUAGAGAUUCCUUCAAAUACGAUGUAUCAUCUAACUAUUAUUGCAAGAUCAACAGGUUCACACUGGAAGAGUUAUGAGCUACAUGUCUUGCCGAUAUUGUUUAAAAAGUGGACUAGAGAUAUCUACUUAUCAUCAAAUGAACGACACUGUACACCAGCUUUGCAGUCAUUGAAACUCAUUGAUCCCUGAUGAAUAUAAUUCUUUGGGUGUUUUUGUCCUGUCGAAAACCAAUAACAUAGCAGUGACACAUGAAUGAGCGGCAUUGAACAUACAAGCUAGAAAUGCAAAAAUACAUCAAUAGAACUAAAAAUAGUGUGUUCUAUUCUAAAAAUGAGUAUAUAAAUUAUUCUAUAAUCAUACCAACAGCAGAUUUAUUUAGCUCAUUUGCGGCCCCAGUGGCAAAAAACAGAGAACAAUCCCGAACCCCUGGAAUUAUAAAACAGAUAAUUUUAUCUGUAAAGGCUAUGAUUUUAUUAUUAUAAAAGGUAGUUUAUCUAGAAAACAAUAAACUUGCAUUAGCGCUAUACAAUAAUAAGAUUUUAGUAGUCAGUUCUUUAAAACUUUUAGUGAAUUCAUAUAUCAAACUGGUUAAUUCAUAAAUACAACUUUUGCAAAUAUGAUUUUACAUAAACACUUCAAGUUCAUACAUUAGCCAAAUUAUGUUAGAUAUAUGGUAAGAGAUGAUAUCAUAUCAUUGAUAAAAAACUUUUUGUUUGAAUGAUUAAUACUCAUUCUCUGUAACCACUUAAACUUUUUCGGCACACAUAGUCACCGAUCUUUCUGAAAAUUGGCCGAUAUGUAUAUCCUAUUAGCCUAGUCAGAAAAAUAAUGCCAACCGAUAUAUAUAUUGAUUGGUUACCAUGGUAACAGCGGAGAAAGUUGGGAAUUUUGAGAAAAAUACAAUAUUUGGUGUAGUGUUGUGAAAUUAUGCGGCUACAUCUAUUAAAAAGAAGCACAAAAACAAUUAAUUUCAGCCUUGUUUUUAUAAAAAAUCAAAAAAAGUUAUGGGGAAUCUACCUAGAAACAUCUGAAAUUAAUUUCUAAAAAAUGGUCAUUGUGCAAUAUUCCUCACAAUACGAAUUAUCUCCCUUUGACGGGCUACACUAAUGACUGGACCAAAACGAAAAUGCUAAUAUUUUUUUUAUUUCUUAAAAAUUUUGUCAAAUUUGAAUUGCUAUAAACUUAGUCCAUUUAAUACAUAACUAUAAGAAAAAAUAUAGAAAACUUUUAAAUCUUCAUAAAACGUGACCUGACCAACGCUGACAAUGACAGGACCAAAUGAAAAUGCUCAUUACUUUUUUAUUUCUUAAAGGAUUUAUGUUAAAUUUGAAAUAUAAUAAAAUUUGAUCAUUUAAUAUAUAACUAUAUGAAAAAAUAGAAAAAAAUAUUAAAAAAUUCCGAAAAAUUCCGAAAACGUGACCCUUCUAACGUUGACAAUGACCUGACCAACAACAGCAAUGACCUAACCGAUGAAAAUUUCUGUGUUAUUUUAUAUCAUUAAAAAAAGGGGGAAUAUAUAUGUUUUUAGGUUAAAAAAAACUUGACCUGAACAACGUUGACGGUGUGCAGAUCGUUGAACUACCUAAUACUUAUUUAUAUCUUAUAGGAUUUGCUUAAAAUUUAUAUAAAAAAAACAUUAAGAUUGAAUGGUAAAGUCUUUAUCAAAUAAUAAAAAAAACUGGGAAAAACAGUUUAGGGUACUGUGACGGGCACCAGGUUAUUUAAACUGUUUAUGGUAUUGAGAAGUAUAUUGUAUUUUACUGUGUUGUAAAUUAUGUUGUAUAUUACCGGUUAUAAUUUGACCUGUUUGAUCACAAAUAUAAAGUAACACACAAAAGGUGUGAAGUAGGCCAAAAAUACAUGUAAGUUGAUAAAUCCAAUAUAAUUGUUUUUAAAUAUUUUCAUAACAGUAAAUAAUUAUUUCCACGCACAACUUAAGGCAUGCCCGAGCCUUGUGUAGGAUAUCCUGGUAGUUUUAAAUAUUUUCAUAAAAGAAUAAACAUUUCGCGGACUACUUGAGGUAUGCCCGAGCCCCUGCAUGCACGAUAUCUUGGUAGUUUAAAAUAUUUUAAUAAAAUAUAAGUAAACAUAUUCAACGAUUUAACUUGAGGUAUGCCAAAUGUUCUCGAAGUCAAUACAUUUAUCGUUUGCUAAUAUGUUUGAAAAGCAUUUUAUAUUUUCUUAUUUGAUACAAUUAAUGGUUCAAUCUAAGUGUUUCUAUAAAUUUGAUGCAAAGCCUAUUACAUAUAAAUAGGUAUAAAGUAAUUUUUCCUGGUCAUGAUAACGGUCAGAAUAUAGGACAGAAAGUCACAGACAGAAAGUCACAGACAAAAAGUCAAGGACAAAAAGUCACAUGUAUAUAUGUUAUAAACAUUGAGUCCUGUUUCAAAGUAAAAUCUAAUUUUUUUUUUUGUUAAAAGAAAGACAAUAUACUAAUUUUGAGAAACAUCUUUCUGUAAUGGGCUUUCAGCAUGUUCAGUGAAAAUCAAAUUAUAUGUACAUGUAUAUAAUUCUUUUAAAGUUACCCUUUCACGGUAAAGAGUUAUCAUAAUUUAUGGUCAAUAUUUUAAUUUGCUGCUAAAAAGCCAUAAAGAUAAUUGUUAUUUUCUCAAAUUUCAAUAAUCCAAUGCCUAAUACUAAUGUUAAGAUAGUGCUACCAUAGGCAGAUCCAGGGGCCCUGAGGGCCCGUCCCCUCCUUAUUUAUUGGAAAUAUUUGGUUGAUUACAUAUGGAAUCACUGAAGCAUAAAUGUAGCGGUCCAUCACUUUAGGCAGUCAGUGCGACCCCUUAUAUGAAAAUUGUCCAGAUGGUAUAUUUCCCCCACUGCUCGUUUUAAGACCCGCAGCCACCGUGGCAUCUGACAGAUCCUCCCCGGCCAGAAUGGCACACAAAAAAUGUGUCGGAUGGAUAGCAUGGACCAUCGGGUCAACGGCCGACAGUACCCGCCCUUGUUGGUUACGCCCUUUGCUUGCUAAAGAACCCUUGUGUUAACUCUUUUAGGGGCACCCAAUUUGAAAUUUCUGUCCUUGUCCAAUUGAUCCCGAUUUCCAGUGAUAUUUCAAAUUGUCCGCCUUCAUCCCAGCCUACCCAUAUUACCGGACCUUUUUGAAAUUGUGUAUUUUUUUCAACUUCACCUAAAAAAUGAUCUUCAUGUAGAUACUCAUCAUCCAAUAAUACAAUAAUAUUCAAAACGUAUAGCUAUACAUGCUUUGUCAUUUCAACAUUGAGUUAAAUAAUGAAUAAGAAAAAUAAACAGCUCAUAAUAUAGGUAUUUUUUCCUUUAUAGAAAGAAAGGUUAGAUGGUCAAUUAUCAUUUACUUAGAGGACCAACGUCCGACUCUUUUUGUUCUAUUUUGUAUUGUGUUGAAGUGUGUCAAAUUAUUGCCUUUAAUUAAUUUUGGCUUAGUAGACUAGCACUGGACCAACAAUGAUCCUAUUAAAUUUAUUGAUUUUGUUCUCUUCUGAAAUAUGCAUGAGAUAUUUGACACUGGACACAAAGAAAAUUAUAACUAAUCGAUCAUUUUAUUUUUACAAAAUCUUCCCCUCCCCCCCCCCCCCCCCCCCUCCAACGAUAUUGAUUAUUUUCAUUUGUAUUUAUUUCUGUGCCUCACACAAACAAUUUUAAGCUUGGCCUUUCUUGAACUGUCAAUGUUCUGAUUGUAUCUUCUUAAUAUUAUGUAUAAAUAGUUAGAAGCUAGUAGCUAAAAUUCCAAACUGUCAACACCAAGUGGCACUUUGAUCUUUAAUAUUCACUCAUUAAAUUGAAAACUUACAGAAGAGAGAUUUUGUAUGAGAGAUUUAGUCUAUUUUCAAGCGUUUUCCAAGUUUAUGCAUAUACAUGUAAUUUGUUGUUUCUAUGGCAACACUAUCACUAAUAAUGCCUGGAAUAUUAUUAAUAUUUCUCAAAUACAAGAAAACCUGCUUAUGUAAGCAAAACUGUAUACAUUCAUUGUUAUAUGUAUCGAAGUUCAUUAAAACGCAUUUGUAAAAAUUAGUACUUAUCCGUAUUUUUGCAAAUGAACUACUUGUUUCCAUGGCAACACUUUCAAUGGCAAAUAUUGUACAAUUGAAUAUGUAAAUUUUUAAAUGAUUUUAUUUGUUUUUUUCUAGAUUGAGUAAUUGUUUUUCUUGUAUAUUUUUCAUGAUCAUAAAAAGAGACUGAAAUUUCUUUACAAUCAGCACUUUUAUCCAGAAUAGAGAAAUUGUGUUUGUUUCCUUCAAGUGGUAACACCAUUAUCGAAAUACUAUACUAGCAAAAUCAUUUAUAUAUACACAUGUGUGUAUACAGUGAAACUUAAUAAGUGUUUUAGUUUUCCUACUUUUGUGCACAUUUAAGAAACUAACUGAAACUUUUUUCAAAAUUGUUUUAAACUUGUGUAUCAAAAUGAAAUUGAUUCCAUAGCAACACAGUUAAAACUAUCAUACCGUUAUAUAUGAAUAUGUUUAAAAUUUUGAUGAUUACAAUAAUUUCUACAUAUUAUAUAUAUAUUUAUUUUUUUCUGACUGCAGAAUUAGGUUUUAAAACAUUUUUUUUCAAACUUUUCAAAAAAAAAACAUUUUCUGAAAAAAUGAAAACUAAGCAUUUUGUAUCCAUGGUAACAAAAUAUUGAGGCAUACUUCCCCAUUACUUUUUCGCAUCAUUGAUAAGAUAAGACUAUGAUAUUUAUGAAUUCAUGGUUGACUUAAACUCAGAUGUCCGCAAACAAUUAUGAUGAGCAUUCAAAAAUGACCUCAAAAGGGUAUUUUUUACCUAAUGCAAACCACAUAAAAAGGGGGGUAUAUGUGAUCAUGAUUGAAAUUGAAUAUGAAAAUAUCAGUUAUUAAAUUACAUUAAUAAAAUGCAUAUAUUUAAUAAAAUCAUAAAACAAUAUUCAUUCUCUUAAUUAUUUAUUAUGAAAAAUUAUGUUGAAAAUAGCCUUUUCCAGCUUAAAAUCAUAGAUAUUCAGAAGAGGUAAAACUGGUCAUCGGUUGCUAUGGCAACCGAUAUGCUUAGCAACCAAAAUUUUGCCAUUUUUUGUUUGUUUCAUCAAGACUAGUAAGUGUGUGAAGUUUGAAGAAAAUCCAUGACCAUGCGUGCCACACUCCCUAUAUAAGAGUUUAAAUUGUUACAGAGAACCAGUAUUAACUACUGAACUUAACACUUAUAGUAUUGAAAUGCGUACAAUUUGUUAUCAGAAAAGUUUCAUACAGGUUUUAGGCAUUACAUGUUAGAAAAAUUUCAGAUAGGGUAAGCUGAAAGUAACUUAAGUCUUGUUUUCAAAUAUUGUAAAGAUUUCAGGGUGGGGUAUAAAAGGCACUUUAUAAGCAAUGCUAGGGUAUAUACAGUGAUUUAUUUUAGGCUAUGAUUCUGGAAAAAUGUAUAUAUUGUUGUGAGAAAAAUAUUUUUUUUUUACGAUUGUUUUAUUUAACAACCGCUAGUAUAGAUUGUACUUUGUAAAUACAGCUGUUUCACAAACACGCCUCUUUUGAGAAUAUACACUACCGUACCAAAAGUGAAGAUAAUUUAACGACGUCAUGUCAAUUGCGGGUUGGAAGUGACAACUUCAAGAGCCGUUUUCUCUGUAAAUAAGUUGGAAUUAUCUCUCUUUUUGCACAAUAUGAAAGUUAUGAGGUCGGUCAUUGACCUGACACGUCACCGGAAGUUUGGAAUCGUCUGCUUUGUUUACAUUUCGUAUAGUUUUGAGAAUGGCCCCAAAACGUAAGGAACUGUCAUUAUCGGAGAAAAAUGCAAUUGCAGUAUUACAUAAGGCUGGUAUGAAAGGACCUGAUAUUACACGACAAACAAGACAUCCGCUUCCAACUAUUUAUGGUGUUUUAAAUCGUUUUAAAGGUCGGGGAAGUUUGGAACACAAGGAGAGAACGGGAAGGCCAAAUCUGCUAACACCGCGGGAUACUCGCAAAUUUUGCACCACUGUCAAGUCGGAUAGAAAACGUCCACUGCAUGAAAUAACUGCUGUUUUUAAUGAAUCUAGGGAAGAACCAGUGUCUAAGCGUACUGUUCAGCGAAAAUUGUAUGAAGAAGGGUUUAAAAAGCGUGUUGUUAAAAAAUCCAUCAGAAUUCGUGCUGCAAAUGUAAAAAAAAAGCUGGCAUGGUGUAAAUUAAACAGGCACAAAACUGUGGAAGAUCAUUGGAGAAGGGUCAUAUAUAGUGACAAAUGUAAGGUGGAAAUUGGUAUGGAUAAUCGUGUUUUAGUCCGGAGACGGCCCGGUGAGGAGUGGACUCCUUCUUGCUUAAAUCCUGGCCGUGGGUCACGACUGAGUUUGAUGAUCUGGGGUUUCAUUACCUAUGAAGGUGUUGGUACUAUUACUGUUGUAACUGGUAAUAUUAUGUUAAAGUAUAUUGAGAUUGUUGACAAUUUUGUUUGGCCUGUUAUUGCUCGUCAUUUCCCCGGUGACAAUUACAUAUACCAAGAUGACAAUGCCCCGGUUCUUAGAGCCAAAGUUGUGAAAGAAUACCUAGAACAAAACCAACUUCAUGGUAUGGAAUGGCCAGCCCAAAGUCCAGACCUUAAUAUUAUUGAGAAUAUGUGGCGUAAAAUUAAAAUUGAACUGCAAAAAACAGGCUCAUAACAUCACUACAAAGGCUCAAAUGGAGACAGCAAUUAGGAACAUAUGGACAAAUAUAUCCUUAGAAUUCAUAAGAAAACUUUAUGAUUCAAUUCCAGGACGUUUGAGGCAAGUGAUAAGGUCAAAAGGAAACAUCACAAAGUAUUAAGUGAGUUCAGAUCAUUUUAUUCAUAUUAUUACAAAGGUUGAAAAGUGACAGAUACUUGACAACUGUAUGUGGCAGCUAUCUUGGAAUUAUCUUCACUUUAGGCACAAGUCUGUAUAUAUUAUUCAUUAUUUACAAUAUAUAUUUUGUUUUGUUAACAUACUGGUCUUCAGAUAUGAUCUCUAUAUUUCAUCUCAUAGAGACAUAACUUGUGAAUUUUGCUAGUCUAAAUACAUAUAGAUAAGGGCUAAAUUGAAUUCUGAGGAAGACCCAAAUGAAGAGAGGGAUAGUAAAGAGUUUAAGUAUAAGUGUGAACUCCCGUUCGAGGCAUAUUAAUAAUGUUAAAAAUAUGCCGCACAGCCCUAUGUUUUCACCUCUGAAAAAAAUAAAUAAUAGUGCAUAUGAAUUUGCCUUGCUAGGAUAUAUUUUUUUAACGAAACUUCACAGUGACAAUGGCAAAGUAUUAGCCGUAAAAAGGGUUCCUACGGGAAAUUGCAAUGUCUAUACUUAAAUACGGAAAGUAUACACUAACUGGCAAAAUAGUGGCGAAAGAUACGAACAGAUAUUCAAGCUGACAAUGUCAUGGCCAUAAAAAAAAAACAAAAAAAAAAAACAAA